AUGCAAAUCAUUCUUCCUCUGCUUGCCGGCGCCAGCCUGGCUACUGCUGGCUUGAUCAGCGAACGUUCAACACCCGUCAAGAGAGAUGGCUGGGGUGGAAGUGUGUCGCUCGGUCCGUCGAAGUCCACCAUCGUCAACGCGGUCACCACCAUCAUCCCCGGCGCCGCCCCUUCGACUCAAAAUGGAGAGCUCUUCCUGUGGCCCGGUAUGUCCAAUGGAACAGGCGAUUUGAUCCAGACAACCCUCGAGAGCUGGCCCAGCAAUGAGUGGUGUGGUGCAACCACUGGCCAAUGGUGUGUGCGUGCCAGUGUAUUUGGAUCAUUUGGCCAACUCGACGGCACUGGAAGUCCCGUUAGUGGAACCGAUCAUGUGCGGAUCGAGUACAACCUUGAGAGUGAUGGAGAGACCUGGAUCCAGACCGUGACUAAUGACGUGACUGGAGCCCUGUUGAGCACCUACUCAAUUGCCGCUGGACCGUACAUGACUGGAUACGGCACUGGAACCGAGUGUGAUGAUGACUGCACUGGUACCAUCGCUGCUCAGAAGUACCUCAAUACCACCAUCACCCUCAAGGCAGCUGACACUACCUUCGGAAAUACUAUCGCGACGGCUGCCGGUGCCAGCUACACUGGAUUGGCCUCAAGCCAAGGUGGCAAGGUUUGGACCAUUGAAACCAUGAACAUUCCUGCUAUGUAA